UUCAGUAUACUGUCGAACUACUUCCAAAACAUGGAGAAGCAGAAGAAUUCAUCAUCACCCGAAUCGAGUUUACUAGGUUUUUCGAGUUCGGGAUUGCGUGAACCUCCAUUUGGGUAUCAAGGCAACUCCACACCGCAUAACACAAUCAUGUCGAAAGAGGAAGUGGAAAUCCGUAUGGAGUUAGAGAGAGAGAUAGAAAAUGAUUUGCAACAAGAGAUUGAGAACGGAAUGCAUAAUCUUGCUUUGAGAUUACACCAGCUAUACAAGCAUCGAAGGGAAAGAAACGUAACAUCGUUUGAAGGAUCAAAGAUCAAGAUUGCUAUGUUUUCGAAUUCGGGAAUGAGUUUGAGAAUUAACUUGGAAGAGGAACCUCCAAAUAAUGUACAAGAGGUCAAGAACAGAAAUCUUGAAAAGGUACCUCGGUCUAAAAACUACUGUAAAGACGAAAAAGGUAAACAAUUUGAUAAUCGUAAUAUGAAGAAUUUUGAUCGGGUUAACGCUCUUCGAUUAUCACCCUCGAAAGAAAGAAAUGAUUUUGCUUCCCCUCCGAGUAUUGUGAAAAAUGUAAGCAAGGAGAGGAAAAAAUACAAUGGUAAGUAAUAUAUAUGCAUCGGUGGUGGAGGGAGCUACAAAAUAUCAAAAACAACUAUACGGAUAAGACCGGUUUAU